UUACCUGUACCAGCUCCUUGAUUGAGGCAGCAAUCUAGUUUCCCUUGAUAGCUAGCUUCUUUCUCUUUUGUUAGUUGCUCUCCUUUUAAGGGUCUAAUCUUUGAUAGACAAAACAUUCUUCGUUUCCAACUUUUUUGUUCACUUCACAUCCAACACAUCUAAGCUUUUAUUUCCACAUUCUUGUUUGUUUUUGACUCAUCCCCCUAAGUGCAACAACAAUGUCGUCAAGUUCUAAGACUUCUUCACGUGAUUCUAACUCCUACUGGACUCCAAAGCAAAACAAACUGUUUGAAAAGGCACUCGCUGUAUAUGACAGGGACACUCCGGACCGCUGGCAAAAAGUGGCAGCAGCUGUUGGUGAUAAAACACCCGAGGAAGUGCGAAGGCACUAUGAGAUCUUAGUGACGGAUGUCAACCAUAUUGAAUCUGGUCAAAUCCCUAUACCCGAUUAUGAAAGCACUGGGAACAACAGUAGAUGAACUGCUGCUGAUAUGAGUGAAAGGUUUAUGAAGAUAAUCUAUAGCUACAAUGAAGCAAAAGUUUCAGCUACAUUAUUGUCAAAAGAUGAGUAAAGACUAUAUGUGUAAGUAUAAAUAUAAAGAAAUCGGGAAUCGGAUCGUGAUUCUCCCUUACCUAUGGCUCCUAAGUGUGUAUGGAUUGUAUGUUAUUUCGAGUCAGAUCGUUAACAUAACAAAAAAUUGAGAUCUAUAAUUAUCAAAGCUUGUAAGUACUGUACUCGAUUUUAUACUUAAUGUACUGGUAUUUCUUGUAA